AUGUGCUGUGCGAACAGGUUCGGGCCGUACCUGCUGCUGCAGACGCUCGGCGAGGGCGAGUUCGGGAAGGUGAAGCUCGGGCUGCACGCGCAGUGGGGGGAGGAGGUCGCGGUGAAGCUCAUCCGCCGGGGGAGCAUCGACUCGGACGCGCGCAUGAGCAAGGUCGAGCGCGAGAUCGAGGUCCUCCGCACGCUCAAGCACCCGCACAUCGUGCGCCUUUACGACGUAAUCGAGACGGACAAGUAUAUCGGUAUCAUCCUGGAGUACGCGAGCGGGGGCGAGUUGUUCGACCAUAUUCUGGCUAGCAGAUACCUUCGCGAACGCGAUGCGGCGAAGCUGUUCGCACAAUUACUAAGUGGUGUAUGGUACAUCCACCAGAAACGGAUUGUCCACCGAGAUCUUAAACUCGAGAAUCUGCUCCUCGACAAGGGCCGCAACGUGAUCAUCACCGACUUCGGCUUUGCCAACCGCUUCGGGAGCGCACCCCGACGCGGAGAAGAGAACCCUGCACAGGCUUAUGGCGACGCCGAUGCCUUUUCCGUAGCACCCGACCUGAUGCAAACCAGUUGUGGUAGCCCAUGUUAUGCGGCGCCAGAGCUUGUCGUUAGCGAGGGCCUAUACGUCGGCAGCGCCGUCGACGUCUGGAGUUGUGGCGUUAUCCUAUAUGCGAUGCUCGCUGGGUACCUGCCUUUCGACGAUGAUCCUGCGAAUCCUGAUGGCGACAACAUCAACCUCCUGUACAAGUACAUAGUUUCCACUCCCCUAGCAUACCCCGACUACGUGAGCGAUGCCGCGCGCGGCAUCCUCAGCCUGAUGUUGCAGCCCGACCCGCGUAGGCGCGCCUCGCUAGAGAAGGUGAUGCGCCAUCCUUGGCUGGACGCGUUCUGGGAAGAGGGGUCUGGUGGGAAGCGAGGUAAGGGAACUGCAAUAUAUGUGCUGAGUCCACCAAUUGACGUCUUUUUUAGACAAGAACGCACCACCCUUACCAGACAGCGCGAAGCCUGCCGGCACCGCAUUUGGGCGGACGGUCGAAGACCUGGAGAAGGAGGCAAUGUCGCAGCACCAGGCCAAGCGGCUGGCGUACCAGCGCCAGAUGCGCGCGCUCGCGGAGCAGAGGGCGAGGGCGAACGGCGCCGAAACGUCCAGUCGUGGAUCGAGUAA